UUUGGAUAGUUGUGUUAAACGUCAAUUCAUGGUAAAAAGUGUUUGAAUAAUGUUGGUAAAGGAUACAGUUUUGAUAAUAGGUCAACACGCAAACCAAAAUAUCAUGUACAGUGUUAUUUCUAGCAAUAUUUCGGCAGUAAGGCAAUAGACGGAUUACUUUUUGACAGGUUAAGUAGCAGUACAAGCAAAUGUGGAUUUUCAAGACAAGAGCUCUAUCUUGCAGAUGAUUCCGGAGAUAGUCGAUGUAUCACGAUUGACUGUUAAGCUCUUGAAUCAACAUAUAUUUUAAGCUUGCGUAAUUCAUAUCUGACCAAUCAGUGACAAUUUUACUGAUCACGUGGCUCUGUCGAUGGGUUGUUUGCAAACUGCGCAUUCGUAUCGAAGUAUGUGGCUGUGAAGGUCAAGUUGAUUCAUAUGAAGUAAUCGAAGUCUAGGCAUUUGCUGGACAAAAUGGAGAAGGAACCGGAUAAGAUCAACAGGACGGUCAAUUGUCUACCGUCUAUGCCGGCAUUGCCUCAUGAAACAGGCACACAGAACAAGCUUCACGUCCAGAUUCCAGAGUACUUCCCAGAACUAUCUUUCCGGAUAUCAGAUGUGCUGGAUGAAAUCGGGGCCGGAGAACGCACUGUAAUGGAGAGGAGAGAAACAUAUUUGCUGAGAGAACGCAUGAUGACGAUAGCUGGACAAAAUAGCAAUCACGAAUACUUUCAUUUCGGGAGCCAAUCUGAAGGCACCACAACUCCCGGUCUCAAUUCUGAUAUUGAUUUGCUAAUGAGUUACAAAGAAAGGAACAUCAUGACAGACUGGAGAGACUGGGAGGCUGGGAUGGUUAACUUUCUGAUGCUUCGUGACGACAUCACUCCACCUCAACAGUACUUGCUACAGCACAUACACAAAUACACACCUGAAGCGGUAACCAUUAUUUGCGAAGACAGAUUUGUAAGGAAAGAUUCCGGUCAAGUACUGUUCAGCUCAGAAAGAUGGAAACAGGAACAAGAGCAGGUAGCAUCACGUUUCGGAGAGGUAACCAAAAAUGGACCUUCUGUGAGUAGUAUUCCAGAGUGGGAUAUGGUAAUGGCAUUUCCCGUCUGCAAACCUCUUCCAGAAAUACAGCACUGGAUAGACAGAUGUAGAGGAAGACACUGGCCGCCUGCCCAAUUACUGAAGGCUGCACGUAAAGCCCCUUGUUUCUUGGUACCUGCAGGACAUCCAGAUAGUGAUUAUAAACGCGAAGAAUUUCGACUGUCUCCAAAUCUUAUUGAACGAAUGCUUAUGUUUAGUUUUAAUAUGACACAAAUAAAAUGUUACAUAGUUCUAAAAUUAAUUAAAAAAACCUUAUUUAGUAAAAUUGUUGGGGAUUUUGUCACAAGUUAUCAUUGCAAAACGUUAAUGUUCACCACCAUAGAGAGAACACACCCUUCUCUGUGGAAGGAACAUAACAUCAUGUAUCUCCUUUUAUUAUGCUUAAAAGGAUUAAGGAAAUGGCUGCGAUUGGGGUGCCUUCCUCAUUAUAUCAUAGCUGGAGUGAAUUUAUUCGAUGGAAAACUGUCAAUGGUGAAACAGAAAGUUCUUUUACAAUACGUUGACUACUUGAUAAAGAAUGGCUUGCAAGAUUUAUCUCAUAUUGAUAUAGACAACUUAGGAUGUCGAUUGCAAGCGUGUUGUAUACGGAGGAUCAGACAAGGUGGAGAGGGAGAACUGGGAGGUGUAGUCUUACGUUACAGUAUCAGUUUAUUGCUGAAGUUCGGGUACUUGAACAGAUUACUUUUGAGUUUGACAGGGAUAAUAUAUAGAAUACAGAGUUCGAAUUCGACAUUCCAACAAGGUAUAUACAAUACAUUGCGCACUGCUGUUCAAUGCUUCACGAAUGAACAAUUCAAAACCGUUGCGUUCGACCAUAUUAAUCACCUGUAUGCCGUAUAUAAUUCAGUGCAAUCAUUUAAGUGUUUGCGACUUCCAAACACUAAUUUCAUCGAAAUUAUAAGGCGUUUUAAAUUUUGUUUAAACACAGAUAUUGCCUCUAGUCGUUUAAAGUUGGCUUCUUUGCUAUACUGCUUUGGACAUUUUCACGCGGCAGCUAGAGCGUUAGAGGACGUGGAGAAGAGGUGUCACAGCAAGGUCAAGGCUUUAUGUGGAGUGAGACAGUUGGAAGGACAAAAAGAUCUCCGAGUGUUUGCUAACAUGAUCUCAGAUAAUUGUGACAACGUACGCAGAGAACCACCAUUCGCAUUCUGUGUCAGGUUUAUUAGAGAAGAAGCGCACUGCGCCCCAUACGUAUUGUGGUUUGAAAUGAACCGCGCUAUGACUGAAGAGGAAGUUGCACAGAGAAAUGCCCAUGACAAAAUGUGGAUGGAUUACGCUGAGGUAGAUGCUUGUCCUUUUCUUCACUACUUACAGUAUCUUACGUAUGGAGGACAAGGUGAACGCACCAAACAGCUAUAUGCUCUUGAAGUACUCGAGUCGUAUAUACUUAAUUCAAGAAACAUAAUCAACAUGCAUCAUCCUGAGACAGCGUUCAAUUUGCUUGGUCACUGCUAUGAAAUGGAAGGCGACUAUCAAGCGGCGUUAUAUAUCUACGAGAAAUCGUUGGAUAUUGUGUGUGGUUUCAAUACGAACAAUGCUGCUAACUGGCACAUUCAGCGUGUGCAGCGACUAAUAAGUAAUUUAUAUUGAAUAUUAAAACAUUUAAAUAUGUACAAUCAUAUAAAUGUAUUUGGGUAGACAAUGUGAUAUCAGUUAGUUCUAAGUUAAUGAUUAUUGUUAACUAUAAAAAAUCGUAAAUUUUAUACUAUUGAGUUUGUAUUAGAAUUGUAAUUUGACAUUAAGCGAUGUUGAUAUUGAUACAGUUAGUGUAGAUUUACUUUAUUUAGCAAGUUGAAGAAAACAUGAACCGCGAUUUUUCGCUUUUUCGUUAAGAGAAAUAAAUUAUUUCUGUAUUCAACAAUUACAUUGAACUCUAAUCGCCAAGUUGUUUUCUUAACAUGUUAAAAUUUUUUUUUCAAAGGGAAACAUGUUUGAGUUUGUAACAACCAAUGUAUUGUUGUUGUUGAUUUUCACUUGUUAAUCGCAUAUCUUCAGCAGGAAAGGUGUGUUAAUAAAUGCUCGUAUUUUCGAACCACACUAUAGUGUUGGUAGAUAAACAAUAUCCUUCGGGUUAUCGAAAAAUGUGUCCUCAAAAGGCGUAUUAUAAUAUCAUUUCUUCACCAUCGAAAGAUAUGGUAUGUUAAAUUGUUAAUAUUUGAUGAACAUGCAGUUUUCUUUCUACACAUUCAUAUUUCACUUUCAGACCCGCGUCAUUCUAAAAUGGGUCUAAUAACGUUUCGGCAAGCGUAGUCGUGUAAGGACCGAAGCAUUCCACUAUAAAAUCACGCAAGGCAUAAUAGUCUCAUAAGGGAUCUCCUGAACAAAAUGCGCAUGAUGGCCUAUAACAACGCAGCAGUAACGCUUGCAACAUAUGUCAUAAGAUUCAUUUUCGAAUGACGCUGGUCUUUAAAAAGCUCAAUGCUUCUUGUAAAUCGAACUUCUAAGCACAAUACUGCUCUAUAAAAUAUUUAUGUUACAUUGUGUAUAUUGUUUCAAAUAAGCAAAUUGCGUUGGCCUAUUUAGACUUUCAGAAACAAUUUUCAGACGGGCUGAUCGAUUACGGCAAACAUUUGUGGCUAAAUAGUCAUAUAACAUAUUUACAUGUAUCCAUAUUCUCCGCACAGUCCGAGCAUGACUUCUCACCGUAUGACUCCGUCGGCGUCUGCUGUGGCUUCUCCGUCGGCUUCUGCGUAAUGUUCUUUAAGGUAAAGAUGCAACGUCUCUGAUCUAGCGGUAUAAUAUUUUAUCAAUUUAUUUGAAAUGUGUUUUGUGAAAUUGCAUAUGCGUGCAUCAACUUAAAUACUAUACUGAUUGUUUUGUUAUAUAAUGGGCUGUUUUGAUUGGUAUACAUGUUGUUAUUGUUUGUUGUAUUAAACAGAUAA